AAAUCGAUAUUUUUUAAUAUCGAAUCCAAGAUGGCUGCUGAGAAGCUGUUGUGGGUAACAACAGUGCUUCUUCGACUAUGGCUUGGAGCUACAGACCUGUGUUAUGCUCAAUCUACUCUCCUGACCUUCCAAGACUUGCUGCCGGAGGACCCUCGGUUGUAUGACAAGAUGCGGCCGCCGAAGAUCAAUGAACAGCCGACGAUCGUCAACUUUCACGUCACCGUCAUGGGCUUAGACUCUAUUGAUGAAACCUCCAUGACGUAUGCUGCUGAUAUAUUUUUUGCUCAAACCUGGAAGGACCAUCGUUUAAGAUUACCCGAAAAUAUGACUACUGAGUACAGGCUUCUAGAAGUCGACUGGCUGAAGCACAUGUGGAGACCAGACUCCUUCUUCAAGAACGCCAAGUCGGUCACAUUCCAGACGAUGACCAUCCCCAAUCAUUACGUGUGGUUGUCCAAGGAGAAGACAAUACUUUACAUGGUGAAGCUGACGCUGAGGCUGUCCUGUGCGAUGAACUUCCUCAUCUAUCCUCAUGAUACACAGGAGUGUAAGCUGCAGAUGGAGAGCUUAUCGCACACCACCGACGACCUGAUCUUCCAGUGGGACCCUGACGUGCCUCUGGUGGUGGACGAGAACAUCGAACUGCCCCAACUGGAGCUGGUGCAGAACACCACAGCUGACUGUACGCAGGUGUACUCUACUGGUAACUUCACUUGUUUGGAAGUGAUCUUCAAACUGAAGCGGCGUCUCGGGUAUCACCUCUUCAACACUUACAUACCUACUUGCCUCAUUGUCAUUAUGUCUUGGGUUUCCUUCUGGAUCAAGCCGGACGCGGCGCCGGCGCGCGUGACGCUGGGCGUGACGUCAUUGCUGACGCUCUCCACGCAGCACGCCAAGUCGCAGGCGCAGCUGCCGCCCGUGUCCUAUCUCAAAGCGGUGGACGCCUUCAUGUCAGUCUGUACCGUGUUCGUGUUCAUGGCGCUAAUGGAGUAUUGCCUGGUGAACAUUGUUCUAGGUGAUGGUACCGGAAAACCUAAGGAUGCAGCGGAGGCCGCUCGCGCCAAGACCCGCGCCAUCAACAUCGACCGUUUCUCACGCGUCUUCUUCCCACUUCUCUUCUCAGUGCUCAACGCCAUCUAUUGGGCGCACUUCGGACAGUACAUCUGAUGGAUUUGUAUAGAACUGUUAUAUUUUGUUUGUAGUGAUAUUGUCGAUUUUGUUUCUUAUUGGUUUUAGAUUAAGGUCUAAUUUGUAGUUGAACGUAUGCAACGAACGAAUUAUGAUUUGAAUUAAGAGUUUAUUUGCGUUGCAUACGUGCGAUCUAUUUGUCUGUAUUUUUAUAGUUACAUCUUUAUUUUUAUGGUGACUACGAUAUUAAACAGCCAAUCAUUUUUAGUGUAAAUAGAUACUUUUUUUGUUAUACUUCUUGCUUUUCCACGCAAUCCUUUGCCAGGCUGUAUUUUUUUUUCUUUAUUAAUCGUCUUUGUGAUAGUAAGAUUUAUCAAAUUAUAACUACUAUGUACCUAUUUCAGUAUUACUGUAUUCUUUUUCAUUAUUUUCUUUGGAAAUGAUCACGGUAUCAAUAUUAUCUUAAUCUAGGAUGUUAUAAGAAUCAAAAAACUUUAUCCUUAUCGAAAAACUAACUUACGAUUCUAAAUGAUCUGUGUCUUAGUGUAUCUAUAUAGUUUAGUUCAGCCAUAAUCAACCUUUUCUUGGGCUUACUUAUUCAAAGGAUAUAAACUAAAACCUAUUACUAAGGCUUUUUCGUCUGGUCCUCUGUCCGUCCGUCGGUCACAAAGCUUUAUAUCAUAAACCAUGACAGCUGGACGGGUAACAUUUUACUGAUGACAUAAAUAAAAAAAUGAAAAUCGUUUGUCACUAUUUGACUCGCCCUUGACUAGAUGUCGAGGUCUAUAAGCAAAACAAUAUUUAGGGAUCCUCGGAAGCGGUUAGCGGGAAAGCAAGAACGAAGCGAAACUUCAAUCGUUUUACACUAAAUUUGUGUUUGGGAGAGCCAAUAUUAAAGGCCCAGCCGCAGGUUGAGUAUGGCUGGUUUAGUUAGAUACUUUACAAGCAAUUCAAAACAAUUUUAUUACUAAGUAACCUCCACAUUAUUUCAUCUUACAAAUCGUGCUAGUUUUGAACUCAGUUUCUAAAAUUCUGAUCAAUGAAUCUCUUAUGAACGACUUCUUGACCAAGUAAUUUAAUCCUUAUGUAGCGGGAGGUUUCACAAAAAUUCAGGGUAUCUACAUGCUCAAAGCCACCUAGAGUCAGGACAAGUGUCUGUGGAUACGGUUACGUGGGGUUCAAAAACGCGGCACAUGGCGCAAGUUGGGUGUGUCGUGAUGACUUUUACCAUUUAGCUGGAUAGCUGACCUGAUUGAUUGCAUGGUCAAAUAAUAUGAGGGCUUAAGUUUUUUACUUGGUAAAUUACCUCGAAAUAUUGAUCAGUCUUUCAAAACUGGGUUUAAAUGUGGUAAAAAUCAAUGAAAAACAUUUUUCUUUCCAAUUUAACAUCAUAACAUGCAUUAUCUUUGCCCAGCAAUGGGAUUGCAGGUCCACAAUAUAAAACUUAUCUAAUAACCUGUUAUCAAUUUUACAAAUUUAAUUAAAUAUAAGUAUUAGAUCAUUUAAUUGACAAUUCGCUAAACAUUCUCAAAAUGUACAUCUACUAUGGUAACAAGAAACUAAAUUUAAAUAUUUCGGCUUAAGUAUUUGAAAAACCACAGUCAUGUCGUUCUUGGAACAUUGUCCUUGCAGUCAUGCGUAUGGUUUUGUUACCACGAGGUCCAAGUUCUAUCCCAACACAGGCGUUGAUACUUACCACUAAGCCUUUCUCAGAGUUAUAUGCACUUCCUUAAUUAUUCUAAGACACCAGUGACAAACGGUGAAAAAGACAUAGGAUACAAAAACUAAGGUUACAAAUAUUGAAAUCUGAAAUCGCCAACCCGCGGUAAACUAGCGUGGUGAUCAAUGCUCGGAUCUAUCCAAUAUAGAAAGAGAACUGUGCUAAACCGUGGAACGUAUGCAGACCGGUAUUAAUAUAAUUUCUUGUUAAGUGACGUCUUUUUUCUACAAUGGCUCAUAACCUUAAAAGGCAGCAGAAUGUCCUCUGUUUAUCAAUGCACAAAUAUAUUAUUUAGUAAUUAGGCUCAUUAGAUGUAUAAUUGAUGAAGCACAAUGUGUAUCGUUCGUUUAUUUACCCAACGUGACCAAGUAAUUAGACGAGGAAUACGAAAUAUAACUAAAAUGGGAACAGGGACAGAUAUGUUAGUCAUUUUCCGUAGUUACAUAAUAUCGUAUGUAAUUGUAUGCCUUCUUCUUCUUGCUUGUAGUAAAGUGAUGGCAACAGAAAGGGAUGGGCAUCAAGUAUGUCUGAACUGAUCACAUGAUGGUAUUAGACGGGCAGAUUUCCAAAAAAGUACUGAAUACGUUUUUUUUCAUUUUAUCACAUCAUAAAAAUGUAGGGAUAAUAAAAAGCACAUGAUGAAACUUAUGGUAGUGGGGGCUGGUAACAUCACUUGCUAGUAAAGAGCGUACUGGUA